CUGGAAAUGAAAGCCGGUAAUGUGUCAAUAAAGUUUAUUCAAAUAAACACCGCGGACGUCACGACACACAAUGGCAGCCAGUGGUACAGCUGUGACGGUUCUCACUCCUAAUGGGAGAAGACAGGCAGUUAAAGUGUCCUCAAACACACCGUUAUUACAGGUGCUGGAGGACGUCUGCAAAAAACAUGGAUUCAACCCCGACGAACACGGCUUGAAGUUUCAGAGGACCGCUGUUGACCUCACGCUGCCUUGGAGGUUUGCCAACCUGCCCAACAAUGCCAAACUGGAAAUGGUGACAAGUACAAGGAAACAGGCUGUAGCUGACAGCCAGGUGCGGAUUGCACUACAGAUGGAGGACGGCUCUCGGCUCCAGGGUUCCUUCUCGUGUGGACAGAGUUUGUGGGAACUGCUCACACAUUUUCCUCAGAUCAGUGUGUCCGAUUUGUCAGAGUCAGGAUCCACUCCUGUGUGUGUUUACAUGAGAGACGAGGUGAGUGGUGAAGAAGCACUCAAGAAGGCCACUCUGAGGUCUCUGGGUCUGACAGGAGGAAAUGCUAUCGUCAGAUUUUUACUCAAAAAGAACAAAGAACCGGGACAGGAAGAUGGAGAAGAAGCCACUGAAACAGCCGCUGUGCCAACUGCACCUUUUGCCAAGGAACCCACACCGAGCCCGCCCCCUCAGCCCGAUCCUGCUCCCUCAACAACAGAUGUGACAAAUAAUAAUUCAGGCCCCCACCGGCAAAUCGAAGCCCACGUUGCUCCAUCUCCCGCCCACGUUGCUCCAUCUCCCGCCCCCGCUGCUCCAUCUCCCGCCCCCGCUGCUCCAUCUCCCGCCCCCGCCACAUGCAGCAAACCUCCCGUUCAACAGGAAGAGGUUGCAAACUCCCAGGAUGCAGUGCGGCCAAAGAGUCCUCCCGUCGGGAGAGGAACGCCAGAGGAGGAUGGCGAGGAAGCAGGGCCCUCAGGACUGAGCUCUCACCCGUCUUCUUCCUCCUCCUCGGCUCCCUCGGUUCCCGCGGCUCCUUUCGUUCCCUUCUCUGGAGGCGGUCAGCGCCUUGGGGGUCCACGGGGAAGUGCAGCGGUACGCUCGCUAUCUUCGUCCUUGUCAUCCUCGUCUCUGUUGGCUCCGACUGCAGCGGCAGAAUCGCCAAAAGCCAAGAAAGCAAAGUCCAGCCAUGGAUCUAGCACCAAGCGUCAAACCACCGCCGACCAGCCGGACGAGGACAUGGAUCAAGGGGAGGAGUUCUUGGAGCCCGUAGAGAGGGAGCCUCUCAUCUACCACCUGGACGCCAUGUCCCGUCACUCCGAGGGCCACAGAGAUCCACCGGACGAGUUCUUUGAAGUGACGAUGGACGAUGUGCGUAAGCGCUUCGCCCAGCUGAAGAGCGAGAGGAGGCUGAUGGAGGAGGCUCCGCUGAUGACUAAAUCUCUGAGAGAAGCACAGAUGAAGGAGAAGAUGGAAAGAUAUCCUAAAGUGGUCCUGAGGGUCCAGUUUCCAGACAGACAUGUUCUACAAGGCUUCUUCAGGCCUCUGGAGACAGUUGGUGCUGUGAGGCAUUUUGUGAGGAGUCACUUGGAGGAUCCUCAGCUCAGUUUCUACUUGUUCAUCACCCCCCCAAAAACCAUCCUGGACGACCCCUCAGACACACUGUUCCAGGCCGACCUGUUUCCUGGUGCUCUGGUGUACUUCGGAUCCGACGUUAGGACAGAUUUUUACAUGAAGAGGGACCUGCUUGAAUCCUCUGUCUCGGCCUUGCAAGCAAAUGAGUCCAUAGCAAGCUGCAUGCUCCGGUCCCCGACACCUUCCUCCAGCUCUGAGGAGCCGCUGCCUCCUCCAGAGCCGACGGAGGACACCAGCGGGUCCACACAGGACGAGGGAGGCCCUCCUGCACACGCCCAGGCUGCUAAACCGACCAGAUCUGACCCGGGAAAGGUGCCCAAGUGGCUCAAGCUUCCAGGUAAGAAAUAAGACUGCUGCCGUGUGUUGAUGGGGAGACUUCACCACAGAUGUCUGAGAAGCUGCUUGAAGACUGAGCAGAGCACUUAAACCGUCACUGCGCUUUGAUAAAGGACUAACUCCGUCAUGGAAGAAGCGUUUGCACUUGACUAGGUUUUGAAACAAUCAAAAAUAACGAGGCCGAUGAGUGAAUAUAGGGAAUAUAAGAUUGGAGGAUUGUUGUGUUUCAUUCCGGUUGAUCUCUUGGAGGAGAGGGUGUUCAAGAUGCUGCUUUUAUUCAGCAGGUGAAGAUGUAGUGUAAAGUGAAUAAAGAUGGUUGUACUAAAACUUGUAUUGUCUUGUAUUAAAGUUCAAAUUAGACCACAGCUUUGAUCUAACAGAGCAGACCUCAUGAUGCACAAAUCCACGCAGCCUCUGACUCUCGCAUGCCCUGACUUAUCUAACUGUCCACAGGUUAUAGUAAACAAGCAGCAUGCGGCCAUAUUUUCACAUGUCAACAUCACGCACACACACACACACACUGCUCCUCAGCCGUCUCACCAGCUGCCCCCUCAUUCACUCUUUUA